AAAAACGAUACAAGAAGAAGAAGACUUUUAUUUUGGUGCGGCGCAGUCGCAUCAUUCGUCUACGCUGCUCUACGGCAUCUGCUGUGAUUCGGCUGAAGAAAGAGAAAAACUCUUGCUGAGAUCCUGCUGAGAUUAUAACGAUGGCGUUUAUUAAGGAGGAGAGUGAAGACCUGACGAUUGAAGAAACAUUCAGAGUCCAACAUGUAGACGCUGAGCAACAAACAGACCUCAUGCCGCUGAAAGAGGAGUGCAUAGUACCGAAUGAAACAGAAGAGAAAGAACAAAACGAGCCUCAUCAUGAUUUUAUAGCCAGAGAAGAAUCUUUCAGUCGGCCACAGACUGAAAAAACUCUAUCACAGAAAACGGAUCAUAAAACAGGAACAAAAAGUUGUUUCACAACUUUUCACUGUGAAAAGGGUUUCAGUGAACAUGGAAACCUUAAAGUCCACAUGAGAGUUUGCACUGGAGGGAAACCUUUCACCUGCCAACAGUGUGGAAAAAGUUUAAAUAGAAAAGGAGACCUUAACAGACACAUGAGAAUACAUGCUGGAGAGAAGCCUUUCACCUGCCCUGAGUGUGGAAAGAGUUUUACGCAAAAAGUAAAUCUUAAAAUCCACAUGAGAGUUCAUACUGGAGAGAAGCCUUACCCCUGCAAACAGUGUGGAGUCAGUUUUAAUCAUGAAGGAAACCUUAACAGGCACAUGAGAGUUCACACUGUAGGGAAGCCUUUCACCUGCUCUGAGUGUGGAAAAAUAUUCAAUAGAGAAAUAAACUUUAAUAAUCACAUGAGAGUUCACACUGGGGAGAGCCGUUUCACCUGUCAACUGUGUGGAAAGGGUUUUAUUCAAAAAGUAAACCUUAACAGGCACAUGAGAAUUCACACUGAAGAUGCGCCUUACACCUGUCAACAGUGUGGAAAGACUUUUACUCAAAAAGUAAACCUUAAAAUCCACAUGAGAGUUCACACUAGAGAGAGUCAUUUUAUCUGCCAGUUGUGUGGAAUAAGCUUCAUUAAAAAAGGACUCCUUAAUAAACACAUGAGAACUCACACUGGAGAGAAGCCUUAUGUGUGUCAUCAUUGUGAAAAAAGUUUCAGCCAAAAAGGAGACCUUAACUGCCACUUGAGAAUUCACACUGGAGAGAAACCUUACACCUGCCCUGAGUGUGGAAACAGUUUCAAACAAUCUGGAUGCCUUAAAGUGCACAUGAGAACUCACACUGGAGAGAAGCCUUUCACCUGCAAACAGUGCGGAGUCAGUUUCACUCACAAAGGAAACCUUUACAGGCACAUGAAAAUUCACACUGAAGGGAAGUCUUUCACCUGCCAACAGUGUGGAAACAGUUUCAAUAGAAAAGGAGACCUUCAAGCCCACAUUAGUGUUCACACAGGAGGGAUUCCCUUCACCUGCCAACAGUGUGGAAAAAGUUUUACUCUAAAAGGAAACCUUAACAAGCACAUGAGAAAGUUACACUGUGUAUCUUAAAAACAAUCUUGAUCAACACCUGAGGAUUCAUUUGAGAGAACUGUUUUAUAUCAUCAGCGUAAUAACGUUAUGAUGUGAAGGAAGCUCAGAAGUGAAGACCAGUAGGCUCCGGUGUAUAUUCAGCAGGAUUUUAUAUUGAGAAGGUGCUGUGUGGCAUCGUUAGAGUUGGGGUGCACGAUCUCGGACUCAAGUCUAAGCUUGAGUCCAAUUAUUAAUGGGUUAGACAUGGACUCAGACAUUUUGGGCUCAUGAUGUGGACUCAACUAUACUCUGUAAAAUUCCUGUGUAACAUUAAAGGGAUAGUUGACUC